AUGACGACGACGACGACAGUCCCUCCAUUCUCUCCUCUCGGUGAACGACGACGAGACAAGGAAAUAUUGGUUUAUUAUGGAGUUAUGCCUUCUGCUUUCGUUGCCAAGAUCUGGGGUGGGACAUGUACCACAGCGACAUCUGAUCCCCCAGAAACAGUAAUCCACAGGGCAAUGUAUCUGCUUCAAAAUGGGUUUGGGAACUAUGAUGUGUUCCAAAACAACUGUGAGGAUUUUGCACUGUACUGCAAGACUGGACUUCUGGUCCAUGAUAGUGAGUCAGUUGUGGGUAGAAGUGGUCAAGCUUCUUCUUUCAUUGGUGCCCCUUUGGCGGCACUUCUUUCAUCUCCUCUGAAAUUGUUAAUGCCUGGACUUGUUGGGGUUGCAACUGCAGCAGCUGGGAUGUAUUGUGCAAGCAGGUAUGCUACAGAUAUAGGUGUUAGAACUGAUGUAGUCAAGGUGGCAGUGGAGGACAUGGCCGUGAAACUUGUUCGGCAUGACCCUGAUAGGCAACUGUCAACUGAGGAAUCUUCUAUCAUAGAUCCCACAGAAUCAACAAGACCUUGUCAUUCUAAAUUAACAAAAGUGAUCAUGAACCCUUUAUGCUUAGGCCUUAAGAAGCUGCAUGCAGUUUGA